AUGGCAGCCACAGACGGCCAAGUUGUGGUCGCAGCAUCCCGUUGGUCAGAUGAAGGCCACUACCUCAAAGAGUUUGUUGUUAAGAACCGUUUACCUAAUGUCGCGAAAAUCAUAAAAGGACAGUAUGGAGGCCUUGGAGUACCGACUCUCCCUAGUCCUGGAUUACAGAGCACCGCUUUACUUGUAUCAGCGGGAAAAAAGAAGAAGAUAAUCGCACAGGCUAUAAAAUUAAAAGAAGGAAGACGAAUGGUCAGUGUUGGACCCAGAAUAGCAAUCCCUGAAACUUACAAAGGCUAUUUCGAACUUCUUAGUGAAGAGGGACGAGCGGUGCGAUGUAUGGAAUCAGUGUCUGAAAUAGCGAGGAGAAAACUUGAAGAUGGAUGCUUAGUAAGGGAGCCGAUAAGAAUAAUAUGCGCUAAAACUGAUUUGAAUGGUGACAUUACUGCCGACGGAUCACGGACAUUGCCUGCUGGUGAAGUAAUAAUGCCUAGAGGAGAGGUAUUUUUAGGUAAAAGUAAAUAUUUAAAAUGCACUGAUUCUAAAGGUGAUACCAUUCUCUUGGGCUUGGAUCAAAGAGGCAAGUUUUCUGCUGUUGCCAAAGAAGAGAAUAUAAGCGGAGUGCAUACAGCGAAGACAUUACUAACUAAACGAUUGCCUAUCACUGUUAGACUAGUGCAUGGCACUCCACCGAGAGGACUAAAAAGUGCUAGUUAUUUCGUACCAGAAUUGAGAUUAUUAUCUUUAUAUGAGGAAGAUCAUGUAUUCGCACUGCCCCUACAAAAAGAAGGGAAUGCUUUGAUAGCUCUACCACUAGCUGCACCCCUCAAAAUGUUGAAAUGUAAGAACGAAGAGCACAUAAAAAAUUUCAUGGAAUUCUCAAGAUUAGUUGAAAAAUGCAAUAGAUUAUUAGUGGACGUUGUAGAUCGAAUACAUGUUUUAGAUGGAAAGCUUGGGGAUCCGAAAAGAUUACUAAAUACGCCCCUCAACGCUCCACCUUUAAUAAAAACGGGUUACUUCCUACGAAGAAGUGCAUCAUCAGACACAGCGAAUCAACACAAAUACAUAAACCGACACAGUCACAUUUACAGUAGCCACAGAGAUGAAAAUAGUAUUCCCGAUGAGUAUGAUGAAAUAGAUCAAAUAUAUGAUUACGUAAGAGGCUUUGCACCGUUACCCAAAAAUAUUAAAGCAUCAUAUUGUAACGAGCCAACAAGACACGAGUCUGCACCAGCUUCGCCAGCCGCUACUCCCAUCCAUAUGCCAUUGAUUACAGAAAUAAAACCCGAACCUCCACCCAUAGAAACAAUACCCACAAAGAAAACAUUCAACCAAAAGGCAGAGAAAAGAACACGCAAAAGCACCACAACGACAAAAGAAACGCCGAUUAUUGUUUACAAAGAGAAAUGUUCUAUAGCACCGGUGCCUAAUCUGCCUAAGUUGUAUAUAAAAAACAAUUUGAAUAAUAACAAAAGUCGGAUAUUGUUGACUCAAAAGAGUCACUCCCCGACCAAAGAGGUACCUAGUCCAGGAACUAGUCCGAUACGACCUCUAACAAAAGGGGAUUCCCCGAUCUUUAACAUACGAUAUAAAAGUCUCUCCAAUAUUCAUCAAGCCAUGGAAUUAGAUGGAACUUUAGAUUCGAGUCAUUCCGGUGGUAGAACAUCUGGGGAUUCAGGCAAUGGUCCCAAACUUCCUGAGAAAAGAUCUAGGCGAUUGAGCAGACCCAAAUCUCUGACGAAUUUAGUUUGGGAGCUAAAAGGAUGUCCAGUGGAGACCGCUGAAAAACCAAAAUCAAGGACAAAAAAUGACGCAUACAAGAAAAUUGGAAAUAAAUUAUCUUUGGGGGCGCAAAAACGAGUGCCAACGUUGUAUCUCUAA